CCAUUUUUUUUGCUUACUUUUUUCUCAACAGCCAAACAGAGGAUAGAAAGUGCACAACUCCCCAUCUCAUUCCAGUCUUGACAGUUGACACCGAUACACGAAAAUGGAGUUCUUAGAUGAAGAAAGCAGACCAAGAUUUGUGUUCCAAUCAGGCUCGAACCAUUCUCCAGCAUCCACGCAUCUUCAUCCCCAACCCCUUAACAAACCACUCAUCCUCAUCUCCCUCUCCCUCUCCUCCAUCCUCAUUUCCCUUUCCGUCUUCUUCCUCCAAUCUGAACCCCUCAAAUCUCUCCUCCUCUGGUUCGCCCUCUCUCUCCUCGUCGGCCCCUUCGCCCCCUCCCAUCUCACCGCCGGCGAUAUCCGGGUCGGCCGUGGCCCAAUCCUCGAAUUCCCCUCUCAAGAGCAGGAUUCGGAUGAGCUCAACAAGAGACCUCCCUCCAAUCGGAGACCCAGAUUGCGGAAGGUCGAAACGGCGACGUUUACCUCACUGGUGGCAGCAUCGGUUAAGGGGGAUAAUGGGCUGGCGAGAGUGGAGAAGAGAUCGGAAGCUGCGGCGGAGGAGAGCGAGUGGGUUGAUGGGGAUGUGGAGAUUUUGAAGAAGCAGCUGCUGAAGCACCCUGUGGGGAUGCCGGGGCGGUGGGAGGCGGUGGCAGAAGCGUUCCGUGGCCGGCACGGGGUGGAGAGCGUGAUCCGGAAGGCGAAAUCGUUGGGGGAGAGGAAAUCAAGCGAUUCGGAUUCGUUUAAUCGGUUCUUGAAGGAUCGAAAGCCCGUGGAUAAGCGGGUUGAAGAUGGAAUGGCAAUGGAAAACGAUGAAAAGGAGGGAUGGAGUAGCGGAGAAGACAUUGCUUUGCUCAAUGCUUUGAAAGCGUUUCCCAAGGAUGUGCCGAUGAGGUGGGAGAAGAUUGCAGCUGCAGUUCCGGGCAGGUCAAAAGCGGCUUGUAUGAAGAGAUUUUCUGAAUUGAAAAAGGGUUUUCGGAACUCCAAGGCUGCUGCUGAGGAGUAACUGUGUUGAAGAGGUAAUAGGUGUACUGAUACUUGUUUGCUGAGUUCUCAUUUUUGGAAAUUAGGAAGACAACUACCUUUUUUUCCUCUUUGUUGAUUCAGGGUUUAAGCCCAUUUAUUGAUUGCAGAGAUGUCAAGAAUUAUGGUACAAACAACUAUGAUCAGUUCAAUGUUCUUUUAGUCAUAAAUUGGUUUUGCAACCUUUAAUAGUUUUGAUUUACAGGAUGAAUAUCAAUGUUUGUUUCUUGCUGUUUCAGUGAUUCAUAAUGA